AUGCGAAAGGUGAGAAGAUUGGAACAAUCUCUUGGUUGCGAGAAGCCGCGAGACGAAAGUGACAGAUUUCGAUACGAUAUCUUUGGUAUUGUCAAAGCCCUAGAGUUGGCUUACCACUUUCAUCGCAAAAGUUCACUUUCUUACACCAAUAACUUGUUCCGCCGAUAUGGAGAAACUUACACUUCGCAUGUAAUAGGGCAACAGAUGGUGUUUACCUGUAAUACUGAGAAUACAAAGCAUUUGCUAUCUACCGCAUUUGCCGACUUCGAUAGCUCGCCUUUGAGGAAACCGUUGUUCGAGCCGAUCACCCCACAUGGAAUUUUUACCCUCGAUGGCGCAGGUUGGAAAAAAAGUCGAGACAAAAUACGCGAGCAAUUGGCAAACCUCCGAAAAGCUAUCAACCUGGACCAGUGUGAAGAACAUUUCCAAGCAUUCCGUAAGCAUGUGCCAACAUAUGGAGCCGCUUUUGACAUUCAAGCCGCUGGAUUUGCUUUGACUUUGGAUAUCCAAACUCUCUUCUCGCUGGGUGAGUCUGUCAAUGCUCUUAGCUUCACACAGUCUCCAGAGAAGAAGCAAUUUGUUGAUGACUUGCUCCUCGUGAAGAGUCGUAUUGUAGACGACGGUUUUAGAGGACCACUGCGCCAUUUAUUUCUCAAGGGCCAAUUCCUUCGCGCGUGCACGAGAGUUCGAUCGUUUGUAUCGGCACACGCAACUCGCGAGGUUCGAAAGAGAAGAGGGCUAGACGAGAAGGAAGACACAAACAUGGAACGUGAAGAGAUCUCAAAGCUCUCAGAUCAGGCUUUAAGUUUCUUACUUGCAAAUGACAGUAUGAGUACUGCAUUAUCAGGCAUAUUCUACUGUCUCUCCAAGAACCCACGCGUCGUGCGCAAGCUUCGUGAAAGUGUUGUUGAUACUGUUGGCCUUGAUCCUCCAACAUGGAAUCAGCUAGGAUCUCUCUAUUACGUUCGUUGGGUCAUAUUUGAAGGUGAGACCCCUUUUCACAAGAUAUAG